AUGGCACCUCAAACUUGGCUCAUUACUGGCGCUUCAUCUGGCCUUGGCCUACAUCUCGCCAUCAUCGCCGCAAAGCAGGGCAACAAGGUUGUUGCCACGACACGCUCUCUGGAGCGAGGCCAAAACAUCCAAGAGGAAAACAUCAAGGUCGCUCGUCUUGAUCAGAAUGAGCCACUGGACAAGAUAAAGGCCGAUGUUGAUGCCAUCGUCAACGCUCACGGCCCCAUUGACAUUGUCGUCAACUGCGCAGCUUAUGUACACACCGGUAUCCUCGAGGACCUCACGCCGGAAGACACAUACCAGCAAUUCCAGACCAACGUGUUUGGUGCUCUCAACGUCUACCGCGCCAUUCUUCCUCACCUAAGAAGCAAGAGAUCUGGAACCCUGGUGACCAUCGGAUCAAUGGCUGCAUGGUUUGCUCACCCGGCGGCUAGCAUAUACAACGCUUCCAAGGCAGCUCUACGAUUACUCAGUUUUGGUCUGGCUAGUGAAGUUAAGCCUCUAGGCAUCAAACAUCUACUCGUGGAGCCUGGCCGCUUCAGAACGGAAUUGCUCAAGCAAGAUGGAAACUUCAGAACAUCAAAUGGAAGCGACGGCAUAGCAGAUUACAGAGAAAUCAGUGAAGCGGUCAAGCAGGGCAUUGCUCGCGAAAGCGACAAGCAACCUGGUGAUCCUAUCAAGGGAGCUCAGGUCAUUUACGAUGUAGUGACGUCCAGCGGUGUGGCCAAAGACAAGGAAAUGCCUACAUUCCUGCCCUUGGGACGUGAUGCCAUCGAGGAAAUCACUACAUCAGCACAGUCAGCAAUUGAUGUCUGUCAGGAGUGGAAGGAAAUUGCCAGCUCAACAGAUUAUUAA